CUUGCUUUUCAAACAAAGGAAAUUGGCCACAACUCUUAAUUUCUUCUAUUUUUAUCUUUCUCUUAAAGGGCAACACUUUAAGGAAAAUACUCCUAUAUCGCUACUUUAAAGGAGAAUAUGGAAGCGGUAUGAAUGGGCCUCUGUCUGCCAGCUACAGCAAGACUGCACAAGUGGGAGGUGGAUUUUCGGGUCAAGACUCAGAUAAGUCUGGGGUAACCAUGUUUGAUAUUCAGUGCCUUCUGGAUAAGGAAGGGGCAUCAGAACUAGUCAUAGAUGUUAUAGUAAACACCAAAAAUGACAGAAUUUUCUCAGAAGGCAUUUUGCUUGGUAUUGCAUUGCUUGAAGGUGGAAAUACGCAAACACAGUAUUCAACUUACCAGCAAUUGAAGGAGCAAAAAAAGUCAGAAAAAUUCUUCAAAGUCCUGUAUGACCGCAUGAAAGCUGCUCAGCAGGAGAUACGAUCGACAGUGACGGUGAACACUAUUGAUUUGGGGAGCAAAAAGAAAGAUGAUGAUAGUGACCUAACCAUAUCUGUUCCCAAAAAGAGAGUAAAGGAUUCAACCCUGCAUCUGAAAGAGGGUAUGAAAGGACAAUUAACAGAAGCAUCUUCUGCAACAUCCAAGGCUUACUCUGUGUAUAGAAGAGAAAUGGACCCAGAAAUAGAUCUUAUGGGCUCAGGAACAGAUGCUGCAAAUGCAGAGGAGAAGUCCACAGAGGAAACAAUCAUGAGCCCUGCCAUUGCAAUCAUGCAGCCAAUAUUGAGAUUUCUUCAGCUGCUGUGUGAGAACCACAACCGAGAGCUCCAGAACUUUUUAAGACAUCAGAACAAUAAAACAAAUUACAACCUUGUUUGUGAGACCCUACAGUUUUUGGACUGUAUCUGUGGAAGCACAACAGGUGGACUGGGCUUAUUGGGGCUUUACAUCAAUGAGAGGAACGUGGCUCUUGUGAACCAGACGCUGGAAAGCUUGACUGAAUAUUGCCAAGGUCCAUGCCAUGAAAAUCAGACUUGCAUAGCCACCCAUGAAUCUAAUGGGAUUGAUAUUAUAAUUGCACUCAUCUUGAAUGACAUAAACCCUCUCGGCAAAUACUGCAUGGACUUGGUGCUUCAGCUAAAGGACAAUGCCUCCAAGCUUUUGCUGGCUAUUAUGGAAAGCAGGCACGACAGUGAGAAUGCGGAAAGAAUCCUUUUCAACAUGAGACCAAGGGAACUGGUGGAUGUGAUGAAGAAUGCGUAUAACCAAGGCCUCGAAUGUGAUCAUGAGGAGGAGAAUGGAGAUGAUGGCAUCUCCCCAAAAGAUGUUGGCCAUAAUAUCUAUAUUUUGGCGCAUCAGUUGGCUCGUCACAAUAAAACUUUGCAACAGAUGCUGAAGCCAGGGUCAGAUCCAGAUGAAGGAGACGAAGCCUUGAGGUAUUAUGCCAAUCAUACAGCACAGAUAGAGAUUGUUCGCCACGAUAGAACAAUGGAACAAAUAGUCUUCCCUGUCCCCAAUAUUUGUGAAUUCCUCACUCGGGAAUCCAAAAGUCGGGUAUUCAAUACAACAGAGAGAGAUGAACAAGGAAGCAAAGUCAAUGACUUUUUCCAACAGACAGAGGAUCUGUACAACGAGAUGAAGUGGCAAAAGAAAAUUAGGAAUAAUCCACCCCUGUUUUGGUUCUCCAGACACAUCUCUCUCUGGGGGAGCAUUUCCUUCAACCUUGCUGUAUUCAUCAAUUUAGCAGUUGCUCUGUUCUACCCUUUUGGAGACGAUGGAGAUGAAGGCACGCUCUCUCCGUUGUUUUCACUCCUCCUUUGGAUAGCAGUGGCGUUUUGUACAGCAAUGCUGUUUUUCAUCUCCAAGCCUGUUGGUAUUCGACCCUUUUUGGUGUCUGUUAUUCUCAGGUCUAUAUAUACUAUAGGGCUCGGUCCUACCUUGAUACUUCUUGGUGCUGCUAAUCUUUGUAACAAAAUCGUGUUUCUGGUGAGCUUUGUUGGGAACCGUGGAACUUUCACCCGUGGCUACAGAGCAGUCAUCAUGGACAUGGCUUUUCUCUAUCACGUAGCGUAUGUCCUGGUCUGCAUGCUGGGCCUCUGUGUGCACGAAUUCUUCUAUAGCUUCCUGCUGUUUGAUCUGGUGUACAGAGAAGAGACUUUGCUAAAUGUGAUUAAAAGUGUUACCCGGAAUGGUCGUUCCAUUAUCCUCACUGCAGUGCUGGCACUCAUCCUAGUUUAUCUCUUCUCCAUCAUUGGGUUCCUCUUCUUGAAAGAUGACUUCAUCAUGGAGGUUGACAGGUUGAAAAUCAGGACCCCUGUUGCAGGUAUUGGUGAAGCCCCCACUACAACCCUCACAUCAAUGAUGGGGGCCUGUGCAAAAGAGAACUGUUCCACAAGCAUCCCAAUUAUUAACCCGGCUGGUGAAGAGGAGGAGGAUGGAAUAGAAAGGACGUGUGACACCCUGCUCAUGUGCAUUGUGACCGUAUUAAACCAAGGCCUGAGAAAUGGUGGUGGUGUGGGAGACGUGCUCAGAAAGCCUUCCAAAGAUGAGCCUUUGUUUGCUGCGCGAGUUGUUUAUGAUCUUCUGUUUUACUUCAUUGUCAUAAUUAUUGUUCUAAACCUAAUCUUUGGAGUCAUCAUUGAUACAUUUGCUGAUCUCAGGAGUGAAAAGCAGAAAAAGGAGGAAAUACUAAAGACAACCUGUUUCAUCUGUGGACUGGAGAGAGACAAAUUUGAUAACAAGACCGUUUCGUUUGAGGAGCAUAUAAAGUCAGAACACAACAUGUGGCAUUAUUUGUACUUUAUAGUUCUUGUCAAAGUUAAAGAUCCAACUGAAUACACUGGCCCGGAGAGCUACGUGGCGCAAAUGAUUGUGGAGAAGAAUUUGGACUGGUUCCCUCGCAUGAGAGCCAUGUCCCUGGUUAGCAAUGAAGGCGACAGUGAACAAAACGAAAUCAGGAACCUGCAAGAGAGGCUGGAGUCAACCAUGAGCCUUGUAAAACAGCUUUCCAGUCAGCUCGCUGAGCUCAAGGAACAGAUGACAGAACAAAGGAAGAAUAAGCAGAGGCUGGGCUUUCUGGGAUCAAACACACCCCAUGUGAAUCAUCACAUGCCACCACCCUGAUACCACGGGGAGAAGCCGUGACUAGCCUUUCAUCAGUAUUCCUGCUUUAUCAUAGAAUGAAAAACUGAGAUUGAGAGGAGUGAACAGUGCCUAUUGUUACGAAGUUAAAAACAACCAAGUGCCAAGAUGUUAAGUGGUUUAGCUCUGGGAACAAUCUGUAGCUGUUUUUCAUGGCUGAAAGGGACCACAACCUACAACUGGAGAGAUACAAGGGAGCUCGUUUGU